AUGGCUACAUUAUCUGCUUUGGAAAGCUUUGUAGCUACUUACAUCACAAGCCAUAAAAGUAAUGAUUAUGCUUGUGAUGUUUAUGACAAAGAGAAUCCCUGGAAAUAUGUCCAGGAUGUAUUUAAAAAAGAGAUUAAUAUCUCACAAAAGUCCAAAAAGACAAAAGGAAAAGCAGUUGCAACCACUGUUCUGGGAGCCAAAUUCCCAACCAACAACUCUGCAAAUUUAAAAAAUGCAAAUAAUCCACCAGAAAAAGGCCUAGAAAUGUCAAAUCUUCUAGAGCUAAAUGCUUUAAAAAAAAUUUUACAGAGCAAAAAAUGGGAUAACAUAAUGGACACAGUCAAUGGUUUUACACUGAUGCUGUGUUCACACUAUCCACACGGUGAAGAAAGUGUGUUUCAGGCUCCACAGGAAAAACACUCAGGAAAUGGAAUAAAACAGCAGCAAAUGCACCGCAAACACUCAUCUAUGGACAUAAAGGAAAUAGGAAGUUUGCCUUCAACUACGGCUUAUCGGGUGUUAGACGAGAGGGUUGAAAGGCCUGAAGCCAGCGAUAGUCAUCAUGAUACCGAGGUUGAUAACGGUGUGGUAGAAUUAGAUUUAUAUUUAGAUUCUUCUGAGGAGGAUUUUAUUCCUCCUUCUCCCAAUGUAGUUAACACUAUUAGCCAGUUUAAUACGUCAGUCAGGGUCACGGGUGAUCCAGUUUUAAAGGGCGAGUUAAGAAAUUUGAGGGAUAGGAAUGUUGAAGUAAUUAAAAAUUUACCUGUCACUAAUGAUGUUUUUCUUUUAGAUGGGAAUGAAACUGGGUCACGGCCUGAGAAUUCCCAGGGUCUUUUAAUGGUGGGAAAUGACGGCCUAAGUGGGGAGGCUUAUGGCCUUCAGGAAUCUUGGACGGAAAAUAUCAGGCUGGAUAUUGAGGACGGCGUUCCAGGGGUGGAACGUUUUAAUGCAAAGGGAGAAGAAACAAGGACGGAAAAAGGGCAGCAAUUAAUGACUAACACGGAUCCCAGGGCUACUGGUUUCCAGAAUACAGAGAAGGUUACGGCUGCAUCUCAAAGGAUUCAGUCUGCAGUGCCUCAGGACCCGAGUACAGGUGUAAAGAUCGUAUGGGUGAUGGGGCAUUCGUUUAUAUACUGGGCCAAUGCUGAGGCCAGUAAGAAAAUGGGCGGCCUUCAGCUUGGGUGUCCUGUGGAUCAAUGGGAGGUCAAAUGGUUUGGGAUUAGGGGGAUGUGCUGGGAACUCUUUUUUCCGUUGUUUCUAGAUUUUGGCAGAAUGUUUCCUCGUCCUCAGGUUUUGAUAGUGCAUUUGGGGGGAAAUGAUUUAGGUAUGAUUCCUCAAAAGGAACUAGUUAGAAGAAUCAAAAGAGAUCUGGGCAACAUAAAGGAACUUCAUCCUGAAAUCAAAAUAAUUUGGUCACAGAUUACUCCUAGGUUGGUUUGGAGAUCAGCGAGGGAUUAUGAUAGGCUAGAAAAGAGUCGUAAAAAAAUUAACAAAAUAAUUAGCUCUUUUGUUAAGAGGUUGGGGGGAGGCGUAGUUUUCCACCCAGAUUUUGAAGUAGAUGGAGCUGAGGAAUUUUAUUUAAAAGAUGGUGUUCAUUUUAACCAAUUUGGGCUGCAGCUAUUUAUUUUCGAUAUAAAAGAAGCUUUGGGAAAAAUAUUGGGUUUGGCGGGACUGGGCUGUUCGGUCAGUCCAGUCGGUGGCGGGGGUGCUAGUUCCCAGACAAAUAUGGUACGCAAUAUGGCCAAGUGAU